UCCCGACACUCCCCCAACACCAUAGGCGGCUCAGGCACCAAGAUGUCCAACCGAGCGCUCUGCCGGGAGGCCAGCCAUGCCGGCAGCUGGUACACUGCCUCAGGACCUCAGCUGAGUGCACAACUAGAAGGUUGGCUCUCUCAAGUACAGUCUACGAAAAGACCUGCUAGAGCCAUUAUUGCACCACAUGCAGGAUACACUUACUGUGGGUCUUGUGCAGCUCAUGCAUACAAACAAGUGGAUCCUUCAAUUACACGGCGAAUCUUCAUCCUUGGGCCUUCCCAUCAUGUGCCCCUCUCCAGAUGUGCACUUUCCAGUGUGGACAUAUAUAGAACUCCCCUAUAUGAUUUGCGAAUUGAUCAGAAGGUUUAUGCAGAUUUGUGGAAGACUGGAAUGUUUGAGCGUAUGUCUUUGCAAACAGAUGAAGAUGAGCACAGUAUUGAAAUGCACUUGCCUUACACUGCUAAAGCCAUGGAAAGGUAUUUGGAUUAUUUAAAACUGCAGAUAUUAAAUUAG